UCAGGAAAAAAAAGAAAAGAAAAGAAGAAAAAAGAUAGAGAGAGAGAGAGAGAGAGAGAGAGAGAGACCGAGAGACAGAGACCGCCAGGCUCGCCACUGAUCACUGACCCACUUUGCGACGAAGAGGAACUCCAGUGUGAAGGACACGGUGGCCGGAAGCGAAAACUUCCAUCAGCGACGGCGACGGAGGCGGUUGUCCUGAUCUGAUUGUCGCUCUUGAAAGGUAACAAACACUGAAGGAGGAGAGAAAAAAAAAAUGUCUCAGUGUAUGUCUAGCUUAAACCCACCCAAAACCCUGAUCAACCCCAAAAUCUCAAUAAAGAAGCCAUCUUUCCCUUCAAUCUUUACCUUCAAAACAAGACCCAGAUUCCAAAAACUCACAACAAUCUCUGCCUCAGUGAUGCCAAGCCAAAACCAAGACCACCCACCACUCUCAUUGGACUCUCUCAUCAGUAGUAGUCGCAAAGAUGAGCUUUUUGGGUCAAUCAAAAGCUCCUUGUCUAAUUGUCUCUCUGAAACCAAUCUCCACCUCACUGUCCCUGGCCUCAAAUCCAAAACCAGAGGCAAGGUUAGAGAUAUUUAUGAUAGUGGGGACUAUCUUGUUCUUGUCACUACUGAUAGGCAAAGCGCUUUUGACAGAAUUCUUGCUUCCAUUCCCUUCAAGGGCCAGGUUCUGAACGAGACGAGUUUGUGGUGGUUUGACAAAACUCGACACAUAACUUCGAAUGCAGUUGUGUCUUCACCGGAUAAAAAUGUUACAAUUGCAAAGAAAUGUUCUGUUUUUCCUGUUGAAUUUGUUGCCAGCUUGGGUGGCUCAUGUGAUGCAUUUGUCUCACAGAUAGUUAAACGUGGACUGAUGACUCAAGCUGAUUAUGAUGAAGCAAGUAGGAAAGCAUUGAGCUUGUUUGAAUAUGGACAGCACAUUGCUUUGGAACAUGGCUUGAUACUGGUAGACACUAAAUAUGAAUUUGGAAAGGCAAAUGAUGGUUCAGUUGUUUUAAUUGAUGAGGUGCAUACUCCCGAUUCAAGCAGAUAUUGGAUUGCCAAUUCUUAUGAUGAACGCUUUCAGAAUGGUCUUGAACCUGAAAAUGUUGAUAAGGAGUUCCUGCGGUUGUGGUUCAAAGAUCAUUGCAAUCCAUAUGAAGAUGAGGUCCUCCCUGAUGCCCCUGCAGAUCUUGUUUGUGAACUUGCUUGGCGAUACAUUUUCUUGUACGAGACAAUAACAAAAUCAAAAUUCGAGAUGCCAUUGAUGGAGGAGCCAAUACAUGAUCGAAUUUCUCAAAAUGUUGCACGUUCGCUGGCCUCUUUACAGUAAUUUAGGCUUAAAAUAUUGCAUUGGUUCCAUUCCAUGUACGUCCUGUGGAAUAAUCAGGAGAAGAAAGCACAAUUUUUGUUCUUAUAAAAUGGUGGGAAUUUGGUCUUGGGAAACACUGUGAGUUGCUGAUAUUGCAUGCACAAUUUUUUUGUCAAGAAGGCAGCAUUUUCAGUCUCCCAAGGCUUUGUCAUCUGACUAUGAGGCGGGCACAACUAAGCCAAAUUAUCAGUUAACUGACUCACUAAUUGUUGUAAACUUCUUUUAUAUGUUACUUUACAGUUUACAGGAAUGUUGCUUUUUGCUAUAUUCAAUAAUAGAAUAGGAGAUCUUUUUUGUCCUCUUUGCAAUUUAGUUCUGACCCACAGGAAGUAAUUGUGUUCGGUAAUUGGUGUAUUUUUGUGCUUUUGUUUUGUGGUGUGAUAUUGGGGUGAGGGAUUGGAUGCAUCUUUUCGAUUUUUUAGUAUGUUCAAUUCCAUGGCAACAUUUGUGA